AUGGCUAAUAAUCUUGCCUGGUUGUUAGUGCUGGUCUUGAGGAGUGUCCUGAAAGAGACUGCUGCCCAAACGCCCCCUCCAGGGUUUAGAUAUGCCUCUCAUGAGGUGUUCAUCCCAAGGAAACAGACCCCCAGGCAUGGGCUAAAAGAACCUCAGCAUGUGAACUACCUGCUGAAGAUUGAAGGGAAGAGCCAUGUGGUAUGCCUCAGGCAGAAGAGAACCUUUGUCCCCAAACACUUCCCUGUUUUCACCUACAGCAAGGAGGGGGAUCUCCAGGUGGACUAUCCAUUCAUCAGGGAUGACUGUUUCUAUGAUGGCUUCGUACGGGGCAGGCCUGUCUCUUUGAUCAUCCUCAGCACUUGCUCAGGGGGUCUUAGAGGAGUGUUGCGAAUAGAAAAUAAGACCUAUGAAAUUGAACCUGUCCAGGCAUCUGCUACCUUUCAACAUGUGGUGUAUCGUUUGGAGGAAGAUGAAGGUGUGGAGUGGUGUGGGGUGACACAGGAAGACCAACAUCGACAAGCAGCCACAGCCCAAAACGCAGAGAAUUUAGCAACUGAAAAGGAUCAAUAUAUACCUUGGCAGACCCAGAGAAUGUAUGCAAAGCUUGCUGUUGUGGUGGAACAUGAGCGUUAUGUCCAGUUUGGCAGAAAUGAAACUGUUGUUGUUUUGCAAGUGCUAGAUAUCAUCCAUUUUAUAGACUCACUGUAUGUGUCCCUUGGUAUUCAUGUGGUCUUGGUUGGUCUGGAAAUAUGGUCUAAAAGUAAUCCCAUUAAUAUUUCUGACAGUCUAGAGUCUGUACUUGUCAAUUUCAAUAACUGGAGAAAAAACACCUUUGUUCAACGUUUAGAACAUGAUGCAGGCCACUUAUUUGUAUAUAAGAAUUUUGGACGUAUGGUUGGAUUUGCAUAUGUAGGAACAAUGUGUAACCCCCUUUGGGCAAGUGGUGCCGAAUCAUAUACUAGUACCAGCUUAUUCUUUAUUUCUAGUACAGUUGCCCACGAACAGGGGCAUAUUCUUGGUAUGAAGCAUGAUGACAAGUUCUGUACUUGUGAAAAGAAAACCUGCGUUAUGUCUGCCUCUCAUACAGACAGCGAUCAGUUCAGCAAUUGUAGUCAUAAGCAAUAUCUCACCCUAAUGAAAUCUCAUGGAGCAAAAUGCUUGUUAAUUGCCUCAGACCCCAACAAAAUAUAUAAACCCACGUACUGUGGGAACAAAGUAGUAGACAGUGGAGAGCAAUGUGACUGUGGUUCAAAAUUAAAUUGUGAAUCAGACUUAUGUUGCCAGUCUGACUGCAAGUUGCGUUCGGGUGUCACUUGUGCUUUUGGAGGGUGCUGCUCCAAAUGCCAGUAUCUUCCAGCUGGAACUGUUUGCAGGAAAAGUGCUAGUGUCUGUGACCUUCCAGAGUACUGCAACGGGACUUCAGAAUGGUGUCCUGAAGAUGUUUAUGUACAAGAUGGUGCCCCAUGUCAAGAUGGUACCUACUGUUAUCAUGGGAAAUGCUCUACUCAUGAAGAACAGUGCAAGGUGAUCUUUGGCUCAAGAGCAACAGUGGCUUCUGAGGUCUGCUUCAGAGAAUUGAAUGCUCGAGGUGACCGCUUUGGCAACUGUGGAGUUGAUGGUAUUACUUAUUACAGAUGCAGUGCUAGGGAUAUCCUGUGUGGACGAAUCCAGUGUGAAAGCAUUGACCAGUUAUCUUCUGUGGAAGAACACAGCACCAUAAUCCAAACACACAUUAGCCACAGUCUGUGCUGGGGCACGGAUUACCAUAGAGGAACAAAAAUUACUGACAUUGGAGCCGUGAAAGAUGGCACUCCUUGUGGCCCAGAUAUGAUAUGUAUUAAUAGGAAAUGCACCAAUGUGUCCCUCUUAAAAUAUGACUGUAAAGUGACAAAGUGCCAAAAUCGGGGCAUAUGUAACAGCCGCAAAAAUUGUCACUGUGAUUCUGGCUGGGCUCCCCCACACUGUCUAAGUAAAGGCUAUGGUGGCAGCGUCGACAGCGGACCCCCUCCCCUGCACAAAGUCAGUACAAUAUAUAUCACAGGGCUCCUAAUCCUCCUUAGCAUUGCUGUCAUUGCUGCUGUCCUGGUUGUAUAUCAUAGGGCAGAACUUUUCCCGUGGUCUAGAGCAGUGAUCUCAGGAUUCCUUUCAACAAAGAGAUACCAUGUCAGCUAUUGA